AUGGGGACUACAACUGAAGCCUCUGCUGGAGGUGAGUCGAAGUCCCCCAAGCAAUCCAACAGCUCUCCUGCUCGGCCUGAAACUACGACCGAAACGAAGGCAGCCGAUCCUCCCGUGAAAUUAGAGGCUGCCAAUGCCGAACAAGCCAAACCUCUUGCCCCUCCUCCUCGACCUGGUCAACAACAAGGCAACACCCCGGACUACUUCGCGGUUCAGGCCGGCGGAUCUCUCAGUCUGGAGCCUAAUCCAUUCGAGCAGUCCUUCGGGGGCGCUCCAGAGACACCAGGGGGAACAAAGCUACCUUCAGUUGCUGCAUUGACAUCACCGUCCUCUCUUCUGCCUGGUAGCAACGCGACACCUUUCAAUUGGGGAGGAGGCUCCUUACGUACCGGCCCUCUGAGUCCGGCAAUGCUUUCUGGUCCGGCUAAUGAUUAUUUUGGCGAUACACAUCAUCUUCGUGGCGGAUUUCCUACUCCCAACGAAUCCUCCUUGAGGACGGGUUUGACACCAGGUGGCAGUGGUUCUAUGUUCCCUGCUCCCAGCCCUAACUCCCAAGCACUCUUCGCUCAGCUUGCCAGCGGCGGAGCAACACCCAGCACACUCGAUUUCCAUCGCACUGCGAUGAGUGCUGCGGCCAAACGUGACCAAAACGGCACUGCUCCACGUCCUCAAGCCCAGCAAACUUCCCAAGCACAGCAACCCCAACAGCCUUCUGUCACCUCCCAACCCCAAGAAAUGCCCAACGGUGCUUCAACCAAUAAGACCGAAGCGAAGCCUGCGUCCGGGCCCUUCGACCCUCACGAUAACGACGCUGCCAACGGCCUUUUUAUGCUAGCCCAGGGUCGAAACGGAGCUCAAAACGCGAACCAAUUCGCAGUGACGUCGGGUGCACCUGGCCACGCUCAUCCUGCCCCUGUCGCGCCUCAGAAUAUGAAUACCUCACCUCAAAUGUCCAGCGUUAACGGUGGCUCUAUCGGCUCAGCUCGUGGUAUGAGUGAAGGAAGCAUGAUGUCGGAUGAGAGUGAACAGGCACGACCUAAUACACGUGGCCGGGGCAAGAAGAAUCCCCCAGCCACGAACGGUCGCAGGAAAGCGGAUGAGCCUCCCUCUAAGGCUCCCGCUAAUAAGAAGUCCAAGGCUAACAAUUCCAUGCCUAUGGAUAUGGAUAUGUCUGAUGACGAAUCCAAGAUGAAAUAUGAAGAUGGUGGUUCCAAGUCCAAGAUGACCGACGAGGAGAAACGCAAGAACUUUCUUGAACGUAACCGUGUCGCUGCCCUUAAAUGCCGCCAGAGAAAGAAACAAUGGUUGGCCAACUUACAGACCAAGGUCGAAAUGUUUAGCACUGAGAACGACGCCUUGACGGCGCAGAUAACACAACUCAGAGAAGAAGUCGUCAAUUUGAAGACGCUUCUUCUUGCCCACAAGGACUGCCCAGUUACUCAGCAGCAGGGAAUACACGGUGCAUUUUUGUCCCAGGUUGUUGAGCCUUUCAACCCUCAGAUUAACCCUUAUGGCAUGGCAGCACCUAUGCCAAACCAGCAAGUUAUGGCUGGCCAGGGUGUCCAGCGGCGUUUCUCAUAG